AUGGCGCAAACGAUGAGCGGACAAUGGAGCAACACCUCCCCCACAGAGACCUACGAGGACCUCCACCCCUCCGCCCGCCGACAAGACUCCAACGACUACAGCCAGGGCAAAGGCAUCCGCCGCGUCCCCAGCGACGCAUGGAACAUCAUGUCCGACUCCGAAGAGCUGAAAGUCCGGCGACAAUCGGUCAAAGCGACCAAUGCCUCGGCCAUGCGGAAGCGGUCACGGAAUACUCUGCGAGAGAAGAAGAAGGAGACGCCAGAGCCGGUGGAUGAUACGUUGUGGAUACACCGGGACAAGCUGGCGCAGAUUGAGAUUCAGGAGAUGGCGGCAGCGGGGAUCGAUGUGAGCUCGUACCGACGGUCUGUUAGUGCCGGGCCGGGCGCGAGUGCCAGGUCUAGUAGAUCGCAGUCGCGCUCGAGGAGGCCGAGUAAGGAUAAGACGGCGGAGCAGGGGUCGGAGGAGGAGUAUAAUGCGUAUUCGGGGUAUGAGGAUUUUGAGCGGAAGCGCAUCUCUACGAUACCGGCCGCAGAUGAGGAGGAGCAGGACUUCAACCCGACGGUGGAUACAGAGUUUCGCACGCCGGAAGAGGUGGCUGCUGAGCAUGGCCCUUCUUCGAGGUCGAAUUUGAUCCGACCUAGUACGUCGCGGAUACCGGUGUCGAAAGCGAGCCCUGUGCCUGUGCCGUCGAAUGUGGUGGAUAGAGACUCACCUCUACCGCGCAGUCGCGGGAAUAGCAAUGCGUGGAGUGGGAACCCAGGAUGGGACGAUAUGCAGUAUGCGAGGAGAGCUCGGAGCAAUAGUAUUGGCAGCCAAGUCCUCCUCGACGACGAUGGCAGACGGACACCUCCACGACCAGGCAGCUCAAACCUCGGAUCUUCUGGUGAGAACAACUCACCCCCGAAGUCACGCCUACCAAACAAAGCCACGCCUACAUCCGGCGCCCGCAAGAUCGGCACGCCCAACGGCUCUAUCACAAGCAAACAACGCACCAGCGUGAGCAGAGAAACCCGCCCCGUCUCCCGAGGCCAUCAGUCCCGCCCCUCCACCAGCCGCCAACACGCCCCCGAGGGCGAAGCCCCCUGGAUCGCCAGCAUGUACAAACCCGACCCCCGCCUGCCUCCCGACCAGCAAAUGCUGCCCACCCACGCCAAACGCAUGAUGCAGGACCAAUGGGAGAAAGAAGGCAAAGCCGGCACAGCCUACGACCGCGACUUCCGCCCCAUCAACGACACCGAGCUGCCACCGCAGAAGGCGAAGGCUUUACCACUUACGCCGCUCAGCCCGACCAGCCCGCAGCUCAACCGCCUCCCAAGCGACCGCUCCAACUCGCCUAGUAAGGCCAGCGCAGCGCUCAGCCCGGGCUUCCAACCCCAAUCUCCUCCCUCCCCCAACUCCGCCAACACGAACGCCUGGCCCCUGACGCCCAAAAGCGAGACCCCGAGCUCGCGGCCCGGGACGAGCGGCGGGUAUAAGAUCACGCCCACCAUCACCACGCCGCCAGCUAUUCAGAGGACGCCUUCAGCCCCUCAAGGGCAAGCGCAGGGAGCGCAGGCACAGCCGCAUAAUCCUACGCCUAGGAUUCCGGAUUUCGAUGAGAAGGAGGAGGAUACGGGCGGGGAGAAGAAGAAAGGGGGAUGUGGGUGUUGUGUUGUUAUGUGA